CCUGAUAAAUGCAGAGCCAGACCACAUAGGACCAGCAGCAAACAAAAUGGAAAGCACCAAGGAACGGAUUUAUGCAGCAAUUGCGUUCUGUAAUCUGUCUGAAAAUGAGCAGAAGAAGGAGAUUCAGAAACUGAUGAAGUCUAAUGAAAUACUUGGAACAGUUACAAUCGAUCAAACACUUUUGCAAAUUGAGUCAAAAUAUAGAGUUACAAUUUUCAUCCAGUUGCUCUCUCAACUGUCUCCUCUUUCUGCAUACCCAGCUAGCUUCCUCGUUGAUUAUUUCUCUAGAGGUGGGCAGCUCAUGCCUCACCACGUUCAGAGUAACCAACUCCUGGAGUUUAGAGACCUUGAACCUACACCUUCCUCACCUGAUGAAGAAUUGUCUGAUCCAACUCUACGUUCACAACGAAUGAAACGAGCAGCGCUAUGGGAAGAAUCUGAGCCCUCAAAUUCAGGAAAUAAGAAAAUACUUAAGGCAGGGCCUCGAGUGUCUGUUAAAGAACGUGGAACCAAAGGGGGAGUUAAUUACGUCCCACAAAAUCGACCUCUGCUUCAGCAUCACGAGAAACAAAAGGCUGGAGCUUCUGAUCAACAUGUGAUCAUCGUUCCAGAUGAUGAACACAAGCACUGGUUAAGAUCCGUGGAAGAGAGUAUCAAAGAACAAGUCCCAAAAUUACUGAAUAAAACAGCUGGUAAAGCCUCCUGUUCCAUCUUUCGAGUGCCUAAGAGCCUGGUGAAAAUUCACCCCGAGGCUUUCCAGCCUCAGAUUGUCUCCAUUGGACCCUACCACCAUGGAGCAAAACACCUAGAGAUGAUUCAACAACAUAAAUGGCGAUUUCUUGGAGCUGUUCUUGCUCGAACUCAAGCAUUCGGUGUUGGACUCGAUGAUUUUUACAAGAUCAUAGCAAUCGACGAGAAGAAGAUAAGGGAGUGUUAUUCAGAGAGUACAGAUGCGUAUAAUAGCCGCCAGUUGAUUGAAAUGCUGAUACUUGAUGGUCUUUUCAUUAUUGAGCUCCUGUGCAGAGUCGGAAAGUUAUUCCCAGAUGAUCCUGAUGAUCCUAUAUUCAAGUCACAGUGGAUUUAUUAUUCCAUUUCGAGAGAUCUUCUCAGGCUAGAGAACCAAAUCCCUUUCUUUGUUCUUCGAAAUUUGUUUGAACGAUCAAUUCCAGCUGAUUCAAGAAAAGGCCUCUCCCUGACAGAACUCGUCCUGAGUUUCUUUCAGCAUUCAAUGCCGGAACAUCAUCGUAAAGUCCAAGAGAGGUUUAAGGACAACCUUGAGUGGAAACAUGUGUUAGAUUUUCUUCGCUCUACAUUUAUCCCUUCAUCCCAAGAAGAAGCAUCUAAAAGUGAAGAUCUUCGAUUGAUCCAACCUGUCGAGAAGCUCCUUGCAUCUGGGAUCAAGUUCGAGCAAAGCAGUACUGCUUCUGAGAGCUUCUUGGACAUCAAAUUUAAUCCUCGUGGAGUUCUUGAAAUCCCACGUUUGGUAACAGAUGAUUUCAUAAGCUCAUUCUUGCUAAACUGUGUAGCAUUUGAACAAUGUUUCAAACUUCAUUCGACCCACUUUACAUCGUACGUUAUUUUCAUGGGUUGCCUCAUCAACACCGCUUCCGAUGCAGGAUACUUGCGGGAUCAUGGAAUUAUUGAGAAUUAUUUCGGAACAGACGAUGAAGUUGUGAAAUACUUCAAUGAGGUAGGCAAAGAUGUCCUUUUCAGUAUGAAAAGGAGUUAUCUAGCAAAGGUGUUUGAAGAAGUGAAUAAAUAUUACAAGAACACUUGGCAUGUUAGAUGGGCAGAAUUCAAGUAUACUUAUUUUGGUAGUCCAUGGAUAUUCAUUUCUGCUUUAGCUGCUUUCAUUCUCCUUCUUCUCACCUUUUUUCAGUCAUUCUUUGCUGGCUAUGCUUACUUCAGACCUCCUAAUUAGAAUAAAUUUGUGAAUUGCUGGUUCUGCUGGCUUGUAACAUGUGCACAAGAAUAAAUUCCCCUCUUCAUGAUGAGUCGGGGGCAAGGGCUGCUUCUGGGAUUUCAUGUAUUUCCUGUUUGUAUUCUUAGAAUAAGUAAAUCCAUAUAAUUUUGUGGGAUUUCUUGUAACCUCAAAGAGUAUUCUUAAAUUUAUAAGUUUGAUGUUUUGAGUUCUUACAUA